UCAUCUUUUAUUUCUAUCACUUCCACUAUUCUCUUGUGCAAAGCGGCAGCCACCAGUUUUCUCAAAAUAACACCGGCGACCGUAACGAACUCCGGCCAGCGACCACUAACGGCGCCUUUGAAGCCCCACUAACAGCGACGCAAGCUCCUUCCUGCAGCGGCGGUGCUCUAUCCACGAACCACGACACUCAAAUCUAACUACAGCGGCGCGAUUCCUCUACUUUCUUCUCUGUAUCGGUGGUGUUGUGACAGUCUAGAUUUCAAUCUAUGGAGGCCAUGGUGAAAAAGUAUCAGCAAAGAUUCAGAAAGUUCAAGGAUGAAAUGGAUCGCUGGGAUGAACUUCAAGUUCGUUUGAUUUCGCAGUUCCAAAAUGCCUCCUCCAUCAUUGGGAGACUGCAGUUGCUUCAGGAUCCUAAGAAUUUUGGAAGUCUGUCUGGCAUGGAUGGCAUUGUAGAGGCGUUAUUGGCGAAGCAGAUGGAAUCCUUGCAACUUAGUUUCUCUUCCAUUAAAAAGACAAUGGAAGAACUUGGGAAUAUUGUCAAUUCAAUGGAGAAGAUUUAUCGUGACGGGAAGCAAUUAGUCAAAGGCGGUUCUAAUCAGCCAUCAAUAAAACAACUACAACAAAAAGUUGGUUUAAAACCCAGUCUUGAAGAUUGUUUGAAUGGUUUAAUGCUUCUCUGCCACAUGCACCGCUCUGAGUACAAUCUUAAAGAAUCUAUCGUCUCAGCGCUUCCAGAACUUUUCUGGAAAGCUAGAAAAUUUGUGCAUCUUGAAUUGUUAGGAAUCAUGGAGCUCAAGACCUCAGCUCCUUACAUCAACUCUUGGUUGACCAACCUAACAUUAAGAAAGAGGAAGUUGAAUUCGUCUUUGAUACUAUACUGGUUCUAGAAGCCUAGCUAAUGUAUGAUAUGAUCAAACAACUCAACAACUUAUGAUUUCUCAUCCGCAUGACUAGCAACAAAAUCUCAUAUACUUUCAAUAUCAACUAUUGGAAGAGUUGAGGGAACCACAAAACCAACUAGAAGAUGAAACUUCAAGGAUAUCUCGCCUGGUGGUUAUUGUUAAUAAUGAUCAUUGCUUAGCAGAUAAAAGCGCAAUCAACCGUUCAAAUGUAGAUUCGAUCUUCCAUUGAUGAACUCGAAAAGGUAAAGAAUUUACCUUGUGAGUUUGAUACAUUAUAGCAAUCUUAGUUUAAAAUAGUAUAGUAUUUAUCACUAUUCUCCCCCUCCACAACAAUAUCAAUUUAAUAUUCUUAGCGAUUGUUGUUUUCUUUUGUGCCUUUUGGUAUUUGGAGAGAGUGUAGUGUAAAUGUGAAGCCUCCAGAUAUGCAUUUUUGAAAUGGAUGGAUUGGAUAAACCCAUGGGAGAAAAUUAAAUGUUACCAUUUCAUUAUUUUUAAAGCUCGGAUUUGUCA